GCAGUUUCGCGCAUGCGCACAGACCCCACUCUCCCGUAGCAAUAUGGUUGCCGGGCUUCUGUGGGUGAAAAGUCUGAGUCAGGCUUGUCUAUCUGCCACCCCCUGACAACGCCUCGCCGCCCUGCAGCAUGGCCGAGCCGGCCACCCACUCACCCCCGCCGCAAGAGCAGGAUGUGGCCAUGCUUCAGCAGCGACUAAAGGAGUUGGAGCAGGAAAAGGCUGAUUACAUGCGCAGGAAAGAACAGCUGGAAUUAGAAUUCAAUCAGAAAAGAGCCAAAUUCAAGGAGCUGUAUCUCGCUAAAGAAGAAGAGCUGAAGCGACAGAAUGUUGCAUUACAGUCGGCGGAAGGUGAUGUAACUCGACUGCAGGUCCAGCUCAUGGAGGCAAAUGCUGACAUGGAGAAUAUAAAAGCAGUAGCUGCAGUUUCUGAGACGACCAAACAGGAAGCAAUUGAUGAUGUGAAAAAGCAAUGGCAGGAGGAGGUUGCUUCAAUGCAAGCGAUAAUGAAAGAGACGCUGAGAGACUAUGAGAUUCAGUUUCAUCACCGUCUAGAGCAAGAACGCUCACAGUGGGCACAGUAUAAGGAAGCAGUGGAACGUGAGUUGACUGAUCUAAGGAGACGUUUGUCUGAAGGGCAAGGAGAAAACAACCUAGAAAAUGAAAUGAAAAAAGCUCAGGAAGAUGCUGAGAAGUUGCGAUCAGUGGUGAUGCCCAUGGAGAAGGAAAUAGGAGCUCUCAAAGAAAAGCUGGCAACAGCUGAAGAAAAGGUUAAAGAAUUAGAAGCCUCAAAGCAGGUUAAAGAGCUGAAUCAUUACCUCGAGACAGAGAAGUCCUGCAGGACAGAUUUGGAAAUGUAUGUCGCCGUUCUCAACACUCAGAGAAGUGUGCUGCAGGAAGAUGCAGAGAAAUUACGUAAAGAACUGCAUGAAGUAUGUCAUCUUUUGGAACAAGAGAGACAGCAACACAACCAGCUGAAGCACACAUGGCAACGAGCCAAUGACCAGUUCCUGGAGUCCCAGAGGCUACUGAUGAGGGAUAUGCAGCGCAUGGAGAACAUUCUCACUUCUGAGCAGCUUCGACAAGUGGAAGAAUUAAAAAAGAAGGAGCAAGCUGAAGAUGAGCAGAGGAACCUCAAAAAAGCCAAGGAGAAGAAAGAGUCUGAGACUGAGGAAGAAGUACCAGUAGUGAACUCCCAGCCACGUGUGGAAUCUCCUCUUAAAUCUCUGCACACCUUACCCGAUGAAGAGCCUUAUGGAAAUAGUAUAUACGGGUCAGUACACUCCUUGGAUUCUGAUGUGUCAACAUCGCAUGCAAGUCCCGCUGUUAAGCAAGACAGUGAGUUAUUUCGUGAGGGCUUAAGAAGGGUUCAGUCCACUGACAGUCUGGGUACUUCUGGCUCCUUGCAGUCAAAGAGCUUGGGCAACGGACAUAAAGCAAAAUCUGCAGGAAAUCUGGAUGAGUCAGAUUUUGGACCUUUGGUUGGAGCAGACUCUGUUUCUGAGAAUUUUGAUACGGUUUCAGUUGGCUCUUUCCAGAUGUCUGGUUCCUUCAUAUUGACCAAAGAUCAAGAAAAAGCAAUUACAGCACUCACACCAGAACAAGAAGAGACUGCUUCUCUUCUGUCCAGUCUUACACAGGUGGUGGAUAGUGCUCCGAGUGGAUACAGAAUGGUCAGUGAAAAGGAAUGGAAUUUACUGCAACAGGAGGUGCAGAAUGCUGGAAACAAAUUAGGCCGCCGCUGUGAUAUGUGCUCGAAUUAUGAGAAGCAACUGCAAGGAAUCCAAGUGCAGGAAGCAGAGACCCGGGACCAGGUGAAGAAACUGCAAGUGAUGCUCCGACAAGCUAAUGAACAGCUGGAGAGAACAAUGAAGGAGAAACAGGAGCUGGAGGUUUAUGUCAAACAGAACUCUGAUGAUACAAGUAAUCAGGUGGCUAGAUUGAUGCAACGAGCACAGGAGGCUGAGAACUUGCUUACCAAUAUGCAGCAGUUGUUUUCCCAAGCCCAACGAAGCACCCAGGAGCAAAUGGCUGUGCUUAUUCAGGCACGGGAACAAGUAUCUGAGGAGCUGAUGAGGCUACAGAAAGAAAAUGAGAGUCUUCAGGGAAAGCAUAGUUUGCAUUCUUCUGUUCUUCAGGAAGAGAACUUCAUUCCACCAGACACCGUGGAGGAACUACAUGAACUAGUGCAGAAAUACCGUGAAGAUAUCAUCAGUGUACGGACGGCAGCUGAUCACCUGGAAGAGAAACUAAAGGCAGAAAUCCUUUUCUUGAAGGAGCAGAUUCAAGCAGAGCAGUGCCUGAAGGAGAACAUCGAAGAAACGUUGCAGUUGGAAAUUGAUAAUUGCAAGGAAGAGAUUGCAUCUUUUUCCAGUUUGAAAACUGAAUUGGAAAGAGUGAAAGCAGAUAAAGAUCAGUUGGAAGCCAGAUUGCAAGAGAAGAGCAAGCACCUGGAGGAUCUUGAAGAAAUGAAGAACAACUUGGAGGAACAAGUGAAGAAGGACGGUACUGCAAAGACCAGUCUAGAGCAGCUGCUGUAUGAGGAGAAAAACAAAGGUCAGAGGCUGCAGACUGAACUGGAUGUCAGUGAGCAAGUGCAGAGAGAUUUUGUUAAACUCUCCCAAACUUUGCAGGUGCAGUUGGAGCGGAUUCGUCAGGCUGAAACGCUGGAGAAUAUCCGUGCAAUCCUCAACGACACAAAACUGACAGAUAUUAACCAGCUUCCAGAGACAUGACAUUAAACCCUGGCAAUUUCAAGGCUACAACGGUUUUUACUAGACCAGACACUUGUCUUUGUAGAAACAUUUUAAUUCUUAUUUAACUCUGAGGGAACAGAGUCCAUGGAUUAAUAGUGUGCAGUAACUGAGGUGUAAAUGUUUCUAGAUUGACUUUGACUGCAGUUAGAACUUCCCAAUCCAUGAAAUUCUAAAGGGGAACACUAUUGAAAUUUUAAAUUUAAAAUAUAAUGCGAUCGCCUUAAGUGUAUGCUGUGCUUAAAUGUUGAAAAAUCAUUGAUACAAGAAUUCUCAUUCGAUGGGGUUGACAUGUCUAACUUUUCUUCUGCUUUUAAUACAAUUGAUAGAAUCUAUUUGUGUUUUGUGUAUGUACACUAAAACAGCAUCAUCCUAAAAUGUCAAGCUCACUCGUUCAUGCUCAGAAUGGUAAACGUAUGUUUAACAAGUCAUUUUUUAAUGGUACUGAUGCCAGAAUCUGCUGGAAUAUAUAAUCCUACCUACCCUUCCUGGCAUCCAACGCCUUGAUUGCAGUCAUUAUUUAUUGCCCUCAUGUUCCCUGCUGGUUUUUACAGUGCACCUUUAUGUAGUGAACUCAGUCCAAGUUAAGUGAUUGGGAUAUUGAAACAAAAUCCAGAUAACUGAUCAUCGUCAUCUUAAAAACUGCUGACAAAAGGGAGAGACUGUUGAUGCAGCUUUACAUUGAAGAUAAAGAAAGGUUGGUCCAUUUUAAAGACAACUAAAAUUCUCUGAUUUCUUAUUUCCAAACAAAAUGCAUUCUGAAAUGAAACUUAUUAAAUUUAAAAUUAAAUGCUACCAAUUAAAACCAGAAUUGCAUUGGAAUCAGAUGAUUAUGUUGGUAUCUAAGGUAUGAAGCCAUUUCGGAAUGUGUUAACACAUAAAAUCUCAUUCUGUUCUGUCUUUUAAAGAGUGAAACUGGAGAUGUGGAUUACUCAGAUGAGAACAUUUGGAGUGCCCUGAUGAUUUUAUAACCACCUUGUCCCCAUUGUUUCUAUAUGUAAGCUGAUGUAGCUUUCCACCAUACUUCUGGCUGCAUUUGAAAGUUUCAAGCAAUUACCAUUUGAACUUUAUCCAUCCAAGGAUUCUGUUAACUUGGUCACCUGUUGCCCUGGAGUAGUUUUGGUGCCCCAGACAUUCAGUUCCAACUGCAAUAAGGUGAAAAGAGGAACUGAACCAUGUUCUUUAGCACAGUUCAAUAUUCACAGCAUUGGUGAAGCAUUGGCUCUGGGUCAAGCAUAGUGCUGUGAUUGGCUGAGACGUUCUCAGCAGUGACACUGCACUCUUACCAGUGUGUCAGCCACAGUGAAUGAUGAGCUGGCACAUAAACCCAUUCAAUCAUGUUUCAGAGGUUCAGCCUACAACACGUGGUUUGCAAAUUCAGAAAACUCAGUUUCUUUCUACCAAAAUAUUUGGAGAAGACCGACCGUUAUUUAAGAAAAUAAUUAUGCAUUGUUUUAACACUUGUAUCUAUGAACUUUUCAUGAGCCUGUUAAAACUGAAUAUUUACCAUAACUUUAGGUUCCUUAGGUAUCCCUCAGCACCUGCAUUUAAAUAGAAACCCAGUACAGUAUUACAAAAUUAGAUGCCUUGGUCUUUCGGACUUCAAGCCUGAUUUAACUAUGGUGUGUGUGACCUGCCUGGCUAAUGGAACCAGAAGAUACUGUCUACAGUUUUUUAAAAAAAUUAUAUGUAUAUAUAGUUCCUCUUGCCCAAAUUGACUUUAAAAGCUGAUUUAAAAGAUCGAUCAGCUGUUGCUGAUUAAAUGUUAAAUCCUGGCAGUUAUAAGAAUAGUACAGAGCAAGAGUGGAGAGGGAAAGGGGUGAUAAGUUUCACAUUCCUUUGUCCAUUGUUGGGACUAUCAUGUGCAGUUUCUCUAUAUGAUAGCAUGUCUGUAUUUAUUUAGUCCAGUGGUGUAACCACAUUUUAACUGCCUAUGCCUCCCAAUAAGAAGCUUCUCAGACACUUUGAUACACAAGCCACGUCUUACUGACACAAAUCAUCUGUGUCCUGUUUAAGUGUGGAUGUACAAUUCUGCUGUUUACAGACUUAAAAUGUAACCAAUUUAACUAUACUGAAGGUGUCUUUAUGAAGAAAGUGUUUAAAUAAAAUAAAAGCUGCUGGA